UGUGUUUUUUCGUUAAAUCUAUGUAAUUAAUAUUCAAAAUACUUAAUAUAUGCAAAUAAACCAGAUAAUAAACAGCACUGAAAAAAACAAGCCCUCUUUCAAAAUUAACGAGGUAAACGUUUAUUUCUUUGAGAAAAAAAACGGGGUAAGUUAAAGCGUUCAAAAUAGACCUUAAAUCGAAUGAAGAGCUUACGACAUUAAAUCACAGACGGGACUUAAAUCGCUGUAAGAGCAUAUGGAGCAAAGAACGGAGACUUUCAUGAGCGUGAAGUUGAGAUCGCUGCUGCGUGACGUAGACCAUCAUUCGUGCAGCUUUGAAAACAGCAUCGUCGCUCCAUCACUGAUGUCCUCUGAUACACCGCUGCUGCUGAAGACAAGGAUAACAUGAACGGAUAGCUAACGAUACAACUACGGGCGUUUAUACUCUGUUUAUGUAUUUAGCAGUGUGUGUACGUGUGUGUAUAUGUGUGUGCUCGGAAACCUGACGCGUCAUAGCUCGCUCUGCACCAGCCGAGGCAGGCAGCGGUGCUGAGGAGUCUCUGCCGUCGCAGUUGCAGCCGAAGGAGAGGGGACUAGGCAAGCUCGUGUGAAUGUUGGCCGAGUUCAGGAACGCGGCAGGAUGGCGUCCACGGGCACGCAGAUCUUUGCCUUCGUGCUGGCAUUGCUAGGCAUCCUAGGUGCCACGGUGGCCACAUUACUGCCUAACUGGAAGGUGAGCGCGGAUGUCGGUUCGAACAUCAUCACUGCCAUCUCGCAGAUGCAGGGGCUGUGGAUGGACUGCACCUGGUACAGCACAGGCAUGUUCAGCUGCACGCUAAAAUACUCUGUGCUGGCACUGCCCGCGUACCUGCAGACGGCACGCACCACCAUGGUGCUUUCCUGCGUGUUGGCAGCACUGGGAUUGUGUUUGGCCUCUUUGGGUUUAAAGUGCACUCGCUGGGGUGGUGGACGGCGUGCUAAACGUCACGCUGCCAUGGCAGCCGGCACCUGCUUUCUGGCCUCUGGCUUUCUCUGCCUUGUUCCUGCCUCCUGGUACACAAACGAGGUUAUCGUCAGUUUCCUAGACGCCAAUGUGCCCGAAAGCAACAAGUUUGAGCCGGGCGGUGCUGUCUACGUAGCCUUCAUCUCGUCUGGUUUCCUUUUCGUGGGUGGAUCCAUUUUCUGUCUUUCCUGCUCUGGUAAGCGACAUGGCCCCCAGGAUUUGAUACUUCUCCCUCCCGACAAACUCCUCUUGCAGCAGCAACAGCAACUGCUGCAACAACAGCAGCAACAGGACCAGCUCCAGCACCAGUACUGUUCUCUGUCACCACUGGACAACAAAACUGGCUACAGCCUGCAGGACUACGUAUAGGGGACUGAAAGUUCUGGAGCAAAACAAGUGCAAAGCACUGCCACUCGACUACUUGGCUCUCGUGAUUACAACAUGCAAGGGCGAGAGGGGCCGCAACUUUGAAGCAUUUCCCUUAUUGUUUCCAUCUCUCCUUUUUACAAUCAGCAAGCACAACACGGUGGAAGUAUUCCGUUAAGCGACGUCUACGAACAGACGGAUUGUUAAUACUGAGGGGCGAGUGGCAGCAACACUGCAGUAGCGACAGCUAAAGCGGUGUGAAAGACUGAGCAAGAUGAUAAAUAAAUGCACAUAUCCAGCAUCCUAGUAAAUCUUAUUAAAGUGUUCCUCUGGGAACGGAUUAGCAACAAGGGAAUGUUUCUGCUACUUCAAAUCCCAACCCCUCCUUCCCAAAGAUCUGAACUCAGAAGCAAUCGUUUAGCUGCUAACAAUCGUUUCGGUAACCUCUGUCUAAAGUAAGAUGGCAAUAUGUCUCUUAGAGGCAACAGUAUGGGAGAGCCCUUGUUUGGGAGAUUCUUUGCUUUUCUUUCCAUUUGAGUAAUGGUUGUAUUAAUGAAAUCUGUCUUAUUUUGGUAGCUGAUAGGAUGAUUGAUAUUCUGCCUAAGCAUGCUUUCUGGAGCCUGUGCAUAAUGCAGUGGAAUGCCUGAUGUAGACUGAAUUGUAGCCAUAUAGCCUGUGCCUAAAGAGCUGUAGUACAUAAACCGCUGAAACUGUUUGGAGAGAAGUAGGAGGAGAGAAUGAAUAGGGGUUGCUGGGUCAGGCAUGUAUGGGAAAUCCAUAUCGAGGCUGAGAGGAGACUGCCCCUACCUUACGUCAAAUGGACAAUGUAAUGUUGUGCCAUUCAACACUUUCGUAUUUUGUCCCCGACAAAAGCAAGCUGCCUUCAGCUCAGGGCAUGCUGUUUGCCGCUCUAUCACGCACACACUUUCAUACGCUUGCUGUGCUGCAUGUGUGCUUUUUACUCAUGCUGCUACUCACUGCCAUGGAAACGGGAUUCUGCACCCAAAUACGUGUAUUGUCUAGGGGUUGUGUCUCUCUGCACGCUCAGGGGAUGGUGGUCCUGUCUGUGAUGAGCUGUAGGCUGUCAUAAAUCACUCCGGCCAACAGCAGAGGAUUGGUGUCUGGAGACCAAGCCUCUGCAUCAUCCUUUCUCUCAGAUGGGAGGGUCCCUACCCUGCUGACCACCUCCGAGCUUGAGAACACGAUCAGUAGACAACAUACGUGCAGCAGUUUUGUUUUAGACACCUUACAUCAACAAAGACAUGAGAUUUAGUAAUUGGCAGCGCUUUUGUGGAAGCAUGUGGCACCUGAUAAGGCUGCAAUCUGCCUGCGUCUACUCUCACAGGAAGUAGUCUUUUGCCAAAUUGCUUUCCUUUUUCCCAAAAUAUGAAUAAGCAGCCACAUUUGUCUACAAACGCAUCAGAUUGUCACCUACAAGGGGCUCUUUACGUCAUCUCAAAGGAAUAUUUCAGGUCAUUCUUAACGUCUGUGGACAUCAUCUGUGGCUUGCUGUCGAUUACCAGAGAAAGGGAAAUGGUUCAACAUUUAAAGUGUUUACUUAUGGUGCUGCUCACAUACAUUCCAUUGUUAUUACUAUAAAAGGAUAGUUCAUCAAUUACUCACCCUCAAGUUGUUCCAAACCUGUAUGAGUUACAGAUUUGGAACCUGUAUGAAGUCAAUGGCUACCAGCAAUGGUUUGGAAUACCAGUAUUCUCCAAAAUAUCUUCUUUGCGUUCAACAGAAGUUCAUACAGGUUUGAAACAAGAUGUCAAAAUGUUCAUUUUCAGGUGAAUUGUCCCUUGCAAUGCAUUUCCCAUUUGUUUGCUUGCCACUGCUUCAGUUUUAUAUGAACUUAAAACUUUUUGUCUUUGGUAAACAGACAGCAUGCCACAAAUACUGGCCAUAACGAUUAAUUCAAGUACGAGAAACAUCAUACUCUACCUCUCUCAGUGCUCGCCAUCCCGUUCUCCCCAAGCACUUACGGAUGUUGCCUCUGACAGCCAGAACGGUUGCAUGUCAUGUGCAAAUUUGCCAAUGCAUGUACACACAAACGCCCCCUCAUAAGCAUGCCCCCUUCCCCUGCAUAUAUAACUUGUGCCAAGAGUCGAGUAAGUGUGUGUUGUGCUUGGAUGCAGCCAUGCGUUUCUAUGCUGCUGAAGGGAGGAAUGCAAUUUCAGUGUUGUUCUGCUCUGGCAAAAAGAGCUUUGGCAGUGAUGGAUAGCACAGUGCAUUCUUCCUCUCAAGCAGAUUCCCACAGGCGAGCAGAUGGCUGGGCCCAGCUCGCCCCCUGCAGGCAGCGGCGGGCAUGCUGCGUGGGCACAGCCAGGUUUUGCGCUGGCCCUCUAGGGCAGAUUACGCCUUCCUCAGCAGACCAUGCCAGCUCCUGGACAAUAACGACUGCCCAUGCACCAUUACCGAAUGCAAUAAGCACUCCUCCUACCCUCCGGAAGUAACGAUGCACUGAAAUGUUACAAUUGUGAAUGUGCCAAACUCAUGACUACUUUGCAAAUGUAUGUACAGGUGUACUGUUCUGUUUGCCAAAUGCAAGAUUAUUUAAAGUUUUCGAAAGACUGUCAUCUGUACUGGGAGAUAAUUUAUAAAUAUGAAGUUUAUCAACGAAAAUAUCAACUAAUCUUAAAUUCCAAAGCACAAUGAUUCUAGGAUCACAAGCUGUUCAAGUUCACUAGGAUUGAAAAGACUUUAAAUUGUACUUUGGUAUUUCAUAUUCAUUGAAACUCAGCAAAGAUCGCAUUUAUCACUAUUAAUUUACUGAGAGCACUGUUCAACACCCAAGCAUGUUCACAGCAAAUCUUCUUUAUAAGAAGACAAACAUUUACACCUUUAAUUGUGUAACCUCAUUUGAAAGCAAUUUAUUUUUUUGUUAGCUUAACAUGGUAGAAGAUACACUGAAAUGAAGAUGAUUAUCUGUAGAUAGUAUUACCAGAAGAGGUUUUGUAAUUAUAAAGACAAACUAUUCAUAUAUUGUUAUGGUGCAGCUUGUUUAUUAGCACGCUAGGAAAAAAAAAGUUUCAUAUGAUCCAGAUGAAACAAAAAGGCCCUCGUUUUUGUUCAGUGGCCAAUUUAAUGAUUUCUCAUUGGAUAAAUGCAGCUUAUUUUUUGGUGGAUGCUUCUGCACCUUCUUAAUUUUGCAGAGGAUAUUGUUCAAAUAUUUCUGUACUGUUCUCUCAGUGUGCUUGUGCAGGUAGUUAUAUUUUUAUUAAUAAAAAAUUGAUGUAAGCAGUAUGUUCUUAAAAAUAACUAAGUCUUAUUUAAUAAAUUUGUGCUGUUUUGUUCAUGUGGGGACAACACUUAAGCAACAAAUGGCAACUAUUUGAAUAGAACAGGCUGUAUGGAACAUAUUCUUUCAUAAUUUCAAUUGACUGUAUUCUUAGUUAACAUUAAAUAUGAAUAAAUAAAAUCAGCAUUCGUUAAUUAUCUAGAGGAUCACUGAAAGAGAACUACUGAAAAUAAAUCUCAUUAUAAGAGGUGUGCAUAAACUUUUACCUAGUUGACGAUGCAUUUAAAAAAAAAAAAAAAAAAAAAAAAAAAAAAAAAAAAAAAAAAAAAAAAAUCACAAA